UAUUACAGAGCAAAAAACAAAUUCAAAUCAAAACUUGAAUUGAAACAAAAAUCAAAAUCAAAAGGUUAAUUUGUUAAUUCGCAUUCGGUUUCUAUACCAUCUGAUCGAUUACCCAAUUGGUACUCCGGCAAUGAUGAACAAGGAGACGAGUGAACAUGCCCAGCUUUCAGCACCCGAUUCAGCUUCCGAGAGAACACUAUACCCAUACGUGACGGGGACAUCUGUUGUGGCUAUAAAGUAUAAGGAUGGGAUUUUGAUGGCUUCUGACAUGGGAGCAUCUUAUGGAUCCACUUUGCGAUACAAGAGUGUGGAAAGGAUUAAGCCUAUUGGGAAGCAUUCUCUUCUUGGUGCCAGUGGAGAAAUUAGUGAUUUUCAGGAGAUUCUUCGCUAUCUAGAUGAGCUCAUCCUGUAUGACAACAUGUGGGAUGAUGGAAACUCUCUGGGUCCCAAAGAGGUGCACAACUAUCUUAAGAGAGUGAUGUACAAUAGGCGCAACAAGUUCAACCCAUUGUGGAACUCCCUUAUUCUUGGCGGAGUAAAAAAUGGACAGAAGUAUCUUGGCACGGUCUCUAUGAUUGGAGUAAAUUACGAGGACGAUCAUGUAGCCACUGGAUUUGGAAAUCACCUUGCACGUCCAAUACUUCGUGGUGAGUGGCAUGAGGACCUUAGUUUUGAAGAUGGUGUUAAGCUGCUGGAGAAAUGCAUGCGUGUACUUCUGUAUCGCGAUAGAUCUGCAGUGAACAAGUUUCAGAUCGCUAAAAUUACUGAAGAAGGUGUAACAAUAUCACCUCCAUAUUCCUUGAAGACAUUCUGGGGAUUCUCUGCAUUCCAGAAUCCAACAGUGGGCGCUGAAGGGUCAUGGUAGACUCGUAUCGUUGCUUUCCUGAAUUUACAAUUCUGGAGAUGCUUACCAUGUUAAGGACCUUGUUGACUUAUUUUACAGCUUUUAAGUACUUUGUUGACUUGGUUGUUGUAACCUGCUUGCAUAUUUUAUGGUCUCUAUGAGUUAUAUAGAUUCUGCAAUGUUUGUGAUUUUUUUUAUUAUUAUUAUACCAAAAUUUAGAUUUA